AUGGCGACGUUCUUCUCGGCCGGCUUCGGGCAGUACCUGGAGUCGGGCGAGUUCGGGGACGUGGCGCUGGUGGCAGCCGAGGGCGGAGAGCGUUUCGUGGCGCACCGCCUGGUGCUGGCCUACUCGUCCGCCCACUUUGCGCGUCUGCUCCUCCCCCAGCCCCCGUCCCCCUCUGCCUCCGCACCCCACUCCAGCUGCCCCUCCUCCCCCUCUGUCUCCUCCCCCUCCUCGUCGCGUGCCCCGAGCUCCAGCCGCUGCGGGUCUCCGCUCGCCUCGCCCACCUCACCGCCUGCGCGGGCCGCGAACCGGUCCGUCAGCAGCGACGGCGCACUGCUGGGCGGCUCCUCGGCUGCUCUGGUGGACGGCGACGACAUCAACUGGCCCAAGGCCACGAAGAAGAAGAAAAAGAAGAAGAAGGACAAGGACAAGGAGAAGGAGAAGAGGAAGGAGCAGAGGAGAGCGAAGAAGGGUAAGGAGCGGGCUCUUUCCAGCGGCAACGACAGCACAGAGGGGAGCACACGCGACAGCGGCUCCAGCCUGACCGUGGCCGUCGCUGCUCCUACAGUCCCCGUCGCGACCACAUCUGGCGGCCACAAGGUGGUGGGCGAGGGCGCGGCCGACAAGGGAAGCGGCACCGCGAGCGGCGAGACAGCAGCGGAAGGAGGCGCUGCACAGCCACAGAUCCCCGCGCCGCCACCGCCGCCCGUGCGGCUCGCGCGCCGCGCGACGGGAGGCUCGACCAGCAGCGGCAGCGUGGUGCUCCAGCGGCCCUCCGCCCAGACUCUCAAGCGCUCCAAUGACACCCAUCACCACCAUCACCACUCCCACCACGCCAACGGCAUCGCCAUCUCGCGCUCGCUCUCCGGCAGCUCCAACUUCUUCGGCAGCGUGCGCCGGGGAGGAGGCGGCGGCGGCGGCAUGAAGACGGCCAGUGGGAGCGUGAUGACCCUCUCCUCCUUCGGGACCCCGCGCUCGUAUUCGUCGUCGCUGAGCGGCGAGGGAGCCGCGCUGGCCGGGUCAGACUUGACCACGCACACCAUGGACGAGGUCAUCUACCCAUCAUCAUCAUCAACGCCGCCCGGCACCGCGGGCCACGAGCGACAGGCCGCUGUUGCCGACGAGCUCCCGGUGAUCCAGCUCGACUUCCCGGAUCCCAACCGCAUCUUCCCCGCCGUGCUGCGGUUCAUCUACGAGGGCGUGAUCGAGAUUCUACCGGAGAAUGCCAUUCCGCUGCUCGCCAUGGCGGACCACUACUGUAUAGAGAUUUUGAAGAAGCUGUGCAGCGACUACGUCGUUGCCAAUAUCGACCGAGAGAACGCGCUCUGGAUGCUCGAAAGAGCGAUGCUGUACAAUGCCGAAGAGAUCAUCACUACGUGUGUCAACGUGAUCGCGCGGAACUUCUCGUACAUCUACAACGCCAACUACAACAUCUUGCCCUAUCGGUUGCUCGUGAGCAUACUGGAGCAUCCGUGCCUCGCGGUUAAAGCGUUGGGAGAGUGGCCGCUGUUCCAAAUCGUGUGGGACUACAUCAAGGAGCACAAGGACCUGACGUCGCAGGAGCAAUACCGUCUUUUUGGCACGGUCCGCUAUCGCUGGAUGACGACCGACGAACUCGCUCAGACGCAGGCAGCCAACAUCGUGCCCUCGGAUUUCAUAAUCGAGGCGCUGAUGGCCCGCCUGAAGGAGGCCGAGCGGGACAAAGCCGAGGAAGUGGGAAUGUGUGCCGAGCAGGACCCCACAUCCCGUCGGUUGCUGCCUCGACCUUCGUUCGGCAUCCUGUUCGACUACGCCUACGACUACGACCAGAAGGGGAUCAUCUUCUGGAUCGCCACCAACCGAGGCCGGGAGCCAUGGACGAACCCACACUCCGCGGGCCGGCUGCGGGUAACUGCGUCCAGUAUAGAGAAGGGAGACCCGGUCAAGCUCGUAUCCAAGAAGCCGUCCGAACUAUGGAGUGGCGACGUACCGGCGUCGUGGUUCGCCAUCGACCUGGGACCCAGCCGCACACUCGUGCCCAACUACUACACUCUACGGCACGGCGGCAACUACAAGGCCGACAGCUUGCGCACAUGGGAUCUACAAGGAUCGAGCGACGGUAAGACCUGGAUCGUGCUCAAGCGACACACCAACGACACUUCGCUCUCCGGGCCGUUCGCCACCCACUCGUGGCCCAUUCCCUCGGUCACCGAAGCCUACCGACACUUCAGAAUACUGCAAACGGGCCACAACUCGUCCAACCACAACUUCUUGGUCCUCUCCGGGGUCGAGUUCUAUGGUGAGCUGUACGAGUCGUGA